CUCGGCUUGAUUGGACGCCAUCUUUAAUUUGUCAAAAAAGCGCCCGCCGACCACCAAAAGACGAUCGGUAUUAAAAUUUCGGGCGUAUUUCGCAGUUUUCUAGUAAAUUAUAAUUUUAAAUUGUAAUAACACAAAAUAAUGUCUGGUGGCAGUGGCGGUAGUAGGAAUGAGUGCAGGAUAUACGUCGGGAAUCUGCCUCCCGACAUCAGAACAAAGGACAUCCAAGACUUGUUCUACAAAUUCGGCAAAGUUACAUUCGUUGAUUUGAAAAACAGAAAAGGUCCGCCGUUCGCCUUUGUAGAAUUUGAGGACCCGAGAGAUGCAGAUGAUGCAGUACGCGCUCGCGACGGCUAUGACUACGACGGUUAUAGACUUCGGGUAGAGUUUCCCCGAGGCGGCGGUGGGGGGGCGCGUGGAGGACGUUCGCAGGGCGACCGCUUCGGCCCUCGCCCCGCCGUCAGGGGCCCUCCGGCAAGGCGCUCUGAGUACAGGGUACUAGUCACUGGCCUCCCACCGUCUGGAUCUUGGCAGGAUCUUAAGGACCACAUGCGUGAAGCGGGAGACGUUUGCUUCGCGGACACUUUCAAGGACGGCACUGGUGUGGUGGAGUUCCUUCGCCACGAGGACAUGAAGUAUGCGGUCAAGAAGCUGGAUGACUCACGCUUCAGGAGUCAUGAGGGUGAAGUUUCAUAUAUCAGAGUGAAGGAAGACUAUGGCAGCGGGGGCGGUGCCAGCAGCGGUGGCGGAGGUGGUGGUGGUGAUAGAGACAGGUCUCGUUCGUACUCGCCGCGCUCGCCGUCGUUCGCGCGGCGCCGCGGCUCGCCCACGUACUCGCCGGUGCGCCGCUCGUACUCACGCUCCCGCUCCCGCUCGCGCAACAACUACUGAGCGCCUAGCGACUAGAGAGUGAGACUACGGCGACUUCGCGGCGUUCGGCGACUUCAGUAGAAAUAAGACACGCAUAUUAAUGUAUUGACACCUACAGACAUGAACACAAAUUCAUACUGGUGUCGUGGAUCCUUUUGACAAUUUCAUAUAUUAUCAUUUAAACUAUAAUUAGGACGUGAAAAACAGUUAUGUUGAAUGCAAGAUUACUAUUUCGCGACCCGGCAUCUCACGUUUAAGUAGAUUUACGUCCAUUUUCUGCGAAAGUCCUACAAAAAAAUAUCUAGACAAGCUAUAAUGAUUUGGUAAACUGUAAUGGCUUUCUGAAUACUUUAUCUUUAUGAAAAAAGGAGAUAAAAGAUAGUUAGCUAAAUAGCUAAGUUACAUUUCUGUAAUUAACUGCAUAAAAGCAGUAAUAACGUGCCUAAAAUUUGGUUUCUUUAGAAAAUAAACCAAACAAAUAUACACCAGCAACGGAGCAAUAUUAUUUGGUUUAUUAUUAUCAUCAUAUCUUUACUUUCUGUAUAUAAAUAAGAAACUGAAUUGUCAAAGGAUUCAUGAAUUUCCAGUUUUAAAGUAGGUUAAGUGUGGGGUUGUAUUUUAUAUAAAAUAUGUUACUCUUCGUACUGGAGGCGCUAUAAAUGAAAAUAUUUAUAAUUUAUAUAUUCAUAAAAACUGACUUAAGCAAAUAUUGGAUCAACAUGAAAUUUAAAAAAAUUAGGAUAAGUUAAUUUGACUAAUAUUUUCUAUUUAUAAAAUACUAUUUUCUGCUUUAUUGCUUUAAACAUUCUGGGUAAUUUUGACUUAAUUUUAGGUUCAAAUUAAUUUGAAAUGAUGUUUAUAGGAUGCAAAUUUAUAAAAAAAAUAAUGGACUCCAUUUUAACGGUUUUUUUUUUAAAUUCAGUCUGACUAUUAAAACUGUCCAAUUGUUUCUUUGAAUGACUAUUCCAGCUGUGGACAGAUGUUGAUGCUUAUGCGUAAAUACAUAAAUCUAUCUGACGGCGGGUCCCUAAAUGCUAUCCUUUCCUGCAGGAUACAUUGUGAAAAGGACAGCACUCAUAUUAGACAUGUCAGUUUAGUUUACAGACCAGUAUACAGUUUAAUAUUGCUAAUGUUUUUAAACGAAAUUUAAUAUUUUCAAUAAGAAUAUGCAAUAUGAACCACCAUAUCAAUUGAAAUUAUCGUUUUCGCCGACAGAACGGAGGGUAAUCGAAUAAAAAAUAUAUAUAUUAAAUAUGUAUUAAUUAUUAAGCUGUUGUAAACGAUUAUAAUUAAAAGCAUUUUCUUUUGUUUCAUCCUCUGUGGAUUGGAUCGUUGGAUGUGCUUGGCUGGAGGUGUGCUGAAUGAGGAAAGGACAUAGGACAUACUCGGGAAUUGAUGGAAGGACAUAGGACGUACGGGAACAUUAGGAUAGGACCCACGGAUAUAGGGAAAUCGGGAGGCCGGACGUCCGGGACUCCAGUCUUUUAUUAAAAACUUUUGGACAGGACUUUAUCGGACGGAUUCUGAAGCCCGGAUCACAAGGAUCUAGGAUACCGUAAGGAUUCCCCUGGGUAUGAUUUUGAAAGUUUUUGCCAAUAAUACAAAUCAAAAAAAAUAGUGGGUGCGUGUACUAACGUACGCGCGUUAGAAGUUAUACUUCUUUUUUUACUAAUUUUCACGCCUUAUUAUAAACAAAAGAGAGAAUUAAUAAAUAAACAUAAUGUAAUAUUUUGCUGACAGUACAAUAUCUUAUACAAUAGUUUUUGGAACACAUAGGAACCAAAAAAAAACCUAGUUAAAGACUAACUCCAUCGUUUUCGUGUGUCGUAGUGCGCGCUUAUACCUGCAUGCUAAUAAUGUCCAAAGUUAGGCCACUACGUAGAUGCAUGUCCGAAAGCUUCAUAAAGAGAAUAUUAACGCUCGAUAUUGUCCAUAAGAUAUUCUAAUUUGCUCGACCAAAGCGUCGAACAUGUACGCACGUAGAGGCCAUUAGUGUAAAAAAAAAACACUUCGUUCCCCCUAACGCGCUUAAAGAAGUAUAACUUCAAAUAACUUAUAUUUUUUUGAGUGCACGCCUCUUCGUUAAGAACAAAAUAAAUAUGUUUGUUUGACCAUACCCUUGACUCACACUUUAUUUGCUUUUCGAUGUCUGCGUUAUUUUCCUAGAUGGCGUUCCUAUAGGGUCGACGCAGAGCGCGGCAAACUGUUCGGGCACGCGUUAGAAUUUCUCUCACAGAUAGUUCGCGGAUGAUGAUAAUGAAAAUGGGUCGAGAGCCCGAGCGAAUCCUACCUUGCACUUUUGCUGAAUAUAAUUAAGUUGAUGAAUUAAUUUAAUAAGCAACUUAGCUUAUUUUAAAGGGUUUUGAACAACAUUUUUAAGAUUAUUAUUAGCCUAUGAAAUUUUACAAAUUAGUUUAUUAAUUCGUGCGAUGUUUGCCGCAGAACGGGUAGUGCGUGCUCGAACAUUUCGCCGCUUGGCCUGCAUUGACGCAUACAAGUAAAGUGUACAUCCUAACAGAUUUAUCGAUGUCACAUGUAAUUAGCAUGCUUCAGAGCUUCACAUCCCGUACUCGAGUGGCGAGUGGCGAACGACAGUUUGAAUGGGUGACGGACGGAUGGGUGCAUUGGUGUCGUGCGGACGAUUCACUUUAUACGGCCGUUAAGUUUUAAUUGAAUACAAUUUAAGUUGCCAUAAAGCUUGUGAGAAUCUAUGUUUAUUGCAGUUUAUUGAUCAAGACUAGGAUGCUUCAAUCACAUAAGUUGACGGACACAGGGCGGCACAUUGCAGGACGUAUUCCUUGCAUGUCUUGCUAAGUUGCUCUUUUUCUCUACUUGGUCAACGUCAAAAAUUAGAACCUUUGAAUGCUUCUGUGAUUUUUGCUUAGACAGCCUCGAUUUUCCUUCCGUACAAUUGAAUGGUAUUAUAGCUUCGAUCAAGCUUUAUGGAUUACCAGGAAAAUAGGCACCUACAUAUUCUAAAAUACUAAUAUCAAUGGCAGUAAAAUGUGAAUCGUCAUUUAAAUGUUCAACAUUUUAUCUUUUUUUUUUUUGGAGUAUUUUUGAAAAACUAAAUAGAGUUUUAAGAAAGCGAAAUGUACAAGAAGAUGAACUAAUUUUUUUUUAAUCGGAAAUAAUAUUGUUAGAUAAUAUUGAUGUGUAUAAAAUAUUAGUUAGUGUCCCCGCAGACAUCAGAAUUGCAGACUAAUCAUUUGACAGAGACAUUGGGGGUUAUUCUGCAUCUUUUUUUAAAUUUAUUUACUCGCAGAUGCUAUGAUGGUUGUCUUAUACAAAACUGUUACAAUUAUUGCAGUUGCUAGUGAAAUAAGUAACAUCUUUCAAAAUGAGCCAGAAUGCUGUGUCAUAAUGACAUGAUUCGCCACCCUCAAUAUGACAAUUGAGAGUUGCGAAUCCUGUCAAAGUCUAUUCUAAUUCUAAGUAGAACUAAACAAAAAAUCUAUUCUAAGUGAGAUUGGUAUUUAUUUUUAAUAAAUAGGACUUACUGAGGCAGAUAGCUCUAAUUUGCCUAUAACGAUCUUGGGUGCGGCCAUGACUUUUUUUUUAAAUAUUAUUUGCGAUUUUUAGCACCAAAAACUAACACUUCUGCAAAAUUAAGAUAUUUGUUGGAUGUAGUAGAUACUUCCAAAUAUUAAAGGACAGUUUUUCAAGAUUAUUAUCACGCCUGUUGCUUGAAUGUACCAAAAUCUUACAGCAUAAUCACGCUGGAGUCUGCGGGGACCUUGGUGACUGAUCGAGUCAAAUCGUGUUCGAUGUUGAUAUCAUAGCGUAAAUGUGUGUGUAAAUUUAGGUACUGGACCUGCAUUCCAAACACCGACCGUUUGAUGGACUUUAAUAAAAUGCCCUUUCAAAUAUU